AUGGUCAUGAGAAAGGCCACUUCACCAUUGACGCCAGAGCUCGAUGUCUUGGUGCAUCAGCAAAUGGACAAAUGGAAAGUCCCCGGACUGACCAUGGCCAUAGUUCAUGGCUCCAGCACCUGGUCAAAGGCAUAUGGAAUCGCGGAAUUCCCCGAUCGGAAAAUGACCACUGGUACUCUGUUCUCGACAUGUAGCACCACCAAAGCUUUCGCCUCUGCGGCCGUCUCUCUCGCCAUCGAUGAUAGCAAGAACAAUGAGUCUCCACUUCGCUGGGACACACCCCUUGCAUCUAUCAUCCCGGAUGACUUUGUGUUAGAGACAGACUACAGCACAAAUCAUACAACGAUUGAAGAUGCCCUCUCCCACCGGUCAGGACUAUCAACUUUCGAUGCCUGCCUUGUCCUGGCACAUCCCGAUCGACCUCUGCGUGAGGCAGUCCGGAGAUUGAGACACCUUCCUAUGAAAUAUUCACCCCGCAGCACAUUUUCCUAUAAUAACCACAUGUACAUGACCGUAUCGCAUGCCCUGGAACAAAUUGAAGGCCGACCUUUCGGCGAUAUCAUCAAAGCACGUAUCUUGGAGCCCUUGGGGAUGAACGACACAUACUUCUCCGUCCAAGAAGUCUCCAAAGAUCCAACUCUCAGUCCUAGACUUGCAAGAGGGUACACCUGGGACGUAGAUUCAAAGAAAUACGUCGCAGAGCCAUAUAUGAACGACGUAGCCGUGACAGGCGCCGGGGCAAUGGUCAGCAAUGUCCUCGAGUACACGAAAUGGCUCCGAACAAUGAUCUACCAAAAAGGACCCAUCUCACCAGAAGGCCAUGCAGCACUCAUUCAACCACGGACCAUAGUAACAGACAUGAGCGACCUGGUCGCACCACCAGCACCACACCAACUCUACGCGCUAGGCUGGUUCAUACACAGCUACCGUGGCGAACCACUCUACUGGCACAGCGGCAGCUGGGUCGGAUUCGGAAUCAUGGUCGGCUUCCUCCCAAACAAGAGCUGCGGCUUCGCAAUGAUGAGCAACACGCAGAACGGGCGACACGCAGAGGUGGAGAUAUUCCUACACCUCCUCGACUCGAUCUCGGGUGGACCAGCGAGCAAGAUUCCACGGACGAUGGGACCAAGCAACGUAACAGAAUCACGCAUGCCCGAGACAAUGAGCGAAGCAAUGAAACGGCUCUAUCCAUGUCUGCCUGAUCCGCCCAUCGCCCAUUCCCUGCCGUUGCACCAGUAUGCGGGGCGAUACGAGCAUCCCGGGAUUGGAUAUAUCACCGUUGACAUUGAGAGUGGGCACCUGGGUGCGAACCUGCUGGACCGUGUUACAGCAGGCAUACUAUCCUUUGAUCAUGCCAGUGGGGAGUUCUUUGUGGCAUCCUUCUUCCAGCCAAAGUCUAUUGGGAUGUAUAGUGAAUACUUCAAGGCAGAAUUUAGUAUUGAUGCUUCCGGGAUUCCGAGCGCCAUGGGUCUGGAUCUAGAGCCGGCGUUGGGCGAGGAGAAGAUCUGGUUUCGACGCAAGUGA